AAGUGAUGCAAUACUUUUGAUCAAAACUGUAUGUACAAACGGAGCAAGGUGAAUGUACAAACGGAGCAAGAUUGCUCGCCGCGCAUGGUCCGUAGGUAGGCAGGCAGGCAGGCAGGUAGAAUUCGUGUCAUCUCGGUCGCGAGGAUCAGAGCUCAGUUCGAAUCGCAAACCAUGGGGCUCAAACCGUGAAAAUGGCCGUCUGACGACGACGUCAAGGACCAAGGAUCGCGCGAUCGAUCCCGGAGGAUAUUGUAUUCUUGAAGAAGAAGUGCUAGCCGUGAGUGGACAUUGACACAUGCGAUUGACAUUUCAGGCUAGUAACUGUCAAAGUGGUUUAGAGACAAUUUAAUGUUGUUCCCGAGGGAAAUAACGUUUAUUGCUUACAAUAUUCGUUAAAUAGUGACAAAGUUGUUUUCGUACUGUGUGUGUUAUUAAAAUUGCAUUAAUUUUUAAUGCGAGGUAAUUUUUUAAUUUAUAAUAAGGAUAUACGUAUAUUAUCCUUUUUUACAUACUACUUCAAGACAAGAUUACUUUGUGUGAAAAAACUCUAUCAUUUAAUAUCGAUAAUGAUCCCUGCUUUUGCUUAACGUAAACAAAAUACCGGACAACAGCGAGCAAUUUAAGGGAUACGUAGGAAUUGGAAAGUGCUGUGAAAAUUUUAAUUCAUCGAAAAUAUUGCAAAUCCGCAAAUCCUAAAAUUUACAUUGUCAGAGUGUAUUAAAGUCCACUCGCUUUAAGAAGUGGAAGAUACUUUAACGCGCCAACGAACGUAACGGAGAAUAUCCUGGCGCAGUGGAGGUCCGUUACUUCCAAGGAGGAGGUAGGAGAGCGAAGCAGAUAGGAAAAGCAGCGAUUUUGUUGAUUUACACAAUUUUACCUCUGGCGCAAUUACGACUGACAACCAAUAUGUGCUCGUAUGCGUUUUGCGAAGAAACAGAAAAUUGCGAAACUCGUUACUAUCUGCCUCGCUAAAUUGCACAAACGAUUGUGAUAUCUAAUAUAUACAUAUAAAUCCUGAGUGGUACAUAUAUAUAUGUAUAUAUAUCUUAAUGUAUAUUUAUAUUUUUUUUAAUUGAAUGGAUGCAAAACGAAAUAUAGUUCACUUUUAUAUAGCAAUUUGUGCUAAUAGUCUCCUCGGUUGUAAUUUUGUGUGUAUCCUAAAAGAACUUUCCGGAGUGAAUAUAAUAAAAGUUAAUUUAGCGUGAAGAAAUAUAUCUGUCGAGGAAACUUCAUAUAUGGAAAAGAGAGAACAGAAAAGUAGAAUAUCAAGAUUGGUGUAAGAAAGUGAAGAGAAAUGGUGCGCGAGAGAUUUCGAUGGUAUUGCUCGAGAUCCGUGUAAGAAUUUCCAUCGAUUUCUUUAGUGCUGCAAGGAUAUUGUCAUCGUGAAAUUACAAAAUUCAGCUUAGAGGUAUUUGUCAAAGAACCGACAUGGAAAUAAGCUACGAAAGUAAAAUGACAAGGAUGUUCGACACCAAAUUUAAUUCUGCAACAAAUCAAUGUAAUAUCAAAGUGCACAAUCUAACGGAUUAAAAUUCUGCAAAUAUCUUGACGACAUUAUAAACCAGCAAGAACCAGCUAUCGCUAACCAGAAACCGGAAACUAAAACCAAUUGGUCAAUCGAUGGGAUCGUCCGGAUGGGAGUAUCCGGGUCGUCGAGUGUAGCGAUAACUUCCUUAGGGCCACACCUUUUGACAGAAAAGAACGUAUGAUGGACCGUCGCAGAAUUGACAGAUAUGGCACCAGGGAGAUGCGUCACUCGAGAAGCGAGGAUCUGUUGGGCGCGAUCUCCAGGUCUCCCAGUCCGAACAUCGAUUUACCCACUGCCACAUCCGAGGACGAUCUGAUCGCGGCUAGCGCUCUUCGGGACUCGAAUAUCUAUGAUGGGGCUGGUGUCAACGUUGCGGGACCCUCGCGAUGUAUCCUCCCGUCGCCAUCUAGAGUAGUAGGAUUGCCCGUUGACCCGGAAGACUCCAUUCGCGACAUUGUUACCGAGAAUGACUUGUAUAGAUAUGUCCUGUUCAAGCGGCAUUAUGACAAGUAUGUGGAUCUUGCCGAGAAGUAUAAAGAAGCAAAGAAUAUCACUUACUAUCUGGAGGAACGCUAUCAUGAGAUCAAGACUGAACGAGAUAGAUUGGAAGAGACUCGUAGGAAUCUGGAAAGACGGCUGGAGGGUUGCGAGACGGAACUUCGUGGCAAAGAAGAUGAACUUUUUCUACAAUUGGAGAGAAGUCUCCGAUUGGAAGAGGAGAUCGAACGCGCGAAAACCGAGAAGGAUAACUAUGUGGCAGCGCAAAAUCGACUAGAGCAGCAGCGAGAGUCAGCCUUUCGUCGUUUGCAGAUGCAGCUCGAGCAGAACGAGAUCACAAGGCGAGAUCUCGACAGAGCGCGCCAAGAUGUUAUCCGACAGGCCACUAUUAUUCGCGCCGAAAGGGAUACUUUGGAAAGAGAGAAUGAAAUGUUGCGGCAGAGACUCAGGGUGGAACAGCAUGAAUUAGGAGCCGAACGACGUCGUCGAGAAGAAGGCGUUGCGGCGCUGACAAGGGAGACAAUCGCAUUGAAGCACGCUACGCGCCAUUUAAGCGCUGCAACAUUUCACGCAACAUCUUGCCGAAAUCGUCGCCGAUGCUCCAUUUGCAUAUAUGCCAGACGCACCUUCGCCGACGUCAAUAAUUAUCGCGACAAUGGAAAUCUCUUGCAGUGCCUUCAAGCACCCUUACAAGAUCUUCGUAGUUGGUUGCGACCCAACGCAAUCCAGUCGUCAUCGUCCCGAGUUCCACGAAUCGAAUCAUCUAUGGCCGAUCGCGAAAUCUGUUACAUCGACGAUUCCAGCGUCGACAGUAGCAGCAAUGGUAGCACCAACAGCCGCAGCUGCAGUAGUAGCACCAGCAGCAGCAAUAGCGCUUAUGACGACGAGGCUUAUUCGAAUACUCCGAUAGCCGAACCGUCCCUCUCUUCGGCCACUUCUAGUGUCCCGCAUACAGUUAGAGCCUUUUCCUCGGAUUCAGGGUUCUCUUCGGAAAUGGGAGAUCGCAGAUCGCGAUGCUUUGACAAUGUUGGCAGUAGCAUUAGCAGCGGCAAGAGCAGAAACAUCAGCGAGUCGCUAGACAGCAAUGAGGUCGAUGAUCAGGGCGCGGUUGGAAGAGACGGGUUCACUCGUUCGAGAUGGACAUCCUCUUUUCGCAGAUUGCUCGGACGAAAAUCGAAAAAUAAGUUCGAUCGUUCCUUGGAUAUAAGUAAGACUGAUGAAUCACGAUGAACUUGUAUUUAUAUUAUGCCGAGACAAGGACUCAUUGCAAAUACAUUCUCCCAUUUUUCUUCCUCUCUCUGUCUCUUAUGACGAAUUCUGCGAAAAAACAAGAUUUAUUCGAAAUGAAAUAGAUCUUUAUAGAUUUCGAAUUUUGUAGAAAAAUGUUAAGAUUAUCUAGAUUUGGAUAUUUAUUAUUUGGAAAAAUUAGAAAUGAGAAUUUAGAGACUUGUAGAAGCUCUCAUAAUUUUAUAGAAGAUGAAUCAUAAUCGACACAUGUUACAAGAAAAUCUGCCGUUUAGGAAAAUGUAUUCAAUUGACAUGGAAUAGUCACAGAACAUAUUAUAAUUCCUGCAUUCCUGCAUUGAAAUAUUUCAAAAAUAUUAGAAAUAUUUCUGACAAUAUCGGAUAAUAUAUUCCGAUGGCAAUUGGAUAAUUACAAUCUUAUCUCUUCCAAUAUUACAUUAUUAGUUGAAUUUUGUAUAAAGAUAGCUCGACAGACAAUGCAGAUAUUUUGUAAAAGAUUAGAAUAGACAAUGUGAUUUUUUUUAGAGCUUACUAAUUUCUUCUUUUCUUCAUAAUAAUGCGUAAUUAAAUUUUUGGAACAAAUAAUAUCAUACACAUAUCCUAUCUCUCAGAAUUUGAAAACCCUAAAUACAAAUUCCGAGAUUCUUUUUCUCUCAACGUAGGAAUUGAAUUUCGAAUAAGUUAGGGAAUUACAAUUACAUAUAUACAUAUAAGGAGAAAGAGUUGGAUUAUAUUAGAAAUAAUCGCGAUCGCGAUUAAACUUUAUAUGUACUUAUUCACAAAUUGUAUACAUGGGUUUUAAAGGUUUCGAAUAUAGUAAAAAUGACGUAUAAUACUAAAAUAUUCGAUAUUUGAAUCGGAUUCUAAUAAUAGAACAAUGUUAUUGUUUGCAUUCUGAAAAAAGCUUUUUUAUAUUGUUACGUUUUACUAUUGUUGUGCGGUGAUUGUUGUUGUAUUUCAAAAAGUACAGUGGUUUAUGAGCACAAAGAUUAAUCGCUAUUGUAUUAGAGAUUUUAAAUUCGUGACAAAUUCUUAUCAUUCGUUAAUAUUUUUGUUAAGAAAGUUAAUUUCCUGUGCGACUUUAAGUACAUGCGUGUUGAAAGCGACUGGACCAAAUUGCUGACACGGAAAUCUUGUUACGAUAAUAUUAUAAAAUUUCAAAAACGAAUAUUAUAGAUGCAAAUAAAAAUAUGUAUACGA